GCCACUGAGCUUGCGAUUGCAGACGGCGGAGCGCGGUGUCAAACACCGAACGGCGGAAUGGAGUAGUGGAGAUAACUGUGUUCCUAAAGUAUAGAGGAGUCUAGAUCUAGACUCUAGUUAUAUUUUUUUACCAUCACCAAGUCAUCGGGCCGAUAGUUUAGUUUAGCCAGUGUGAAUAGAACAUAUAGAUUCUAGAAGAUGUAUAUUUAUUAGGCACAUCAUGCGUCACUUUAAUGAGUCUUACUUUAAUCUCUUACAAUGUUUUACUUUAAGUAGGCCCUAAUCUACUGUGUUUUAAAGUAAUUCAUUUCAAGUAACGGCUGAAUUGAAUGUUAUGGUUCAUGUUUAAGCAACAGGAUGCCGUGUGUGUACCAAAUUCAAUGCAUGAUAAAAUGUAUUUUCACUGUUCGCUAGACCAGAGUUUGUGAUUCUGGAGCGGAUUAGAUCCUAUCUCUCUUAAAGGAUAAACACUAGUUUGAUUUAGCAGCCAUGGCAGGCGCUAAGCCAGGAGUCCAUGUGGUGCAGCUGCGCCCUAUUUCUGUCCCAGAAAAUUUAACCAAAGGCAACAAGUUCAUCAUGUUUAACGAAAGCUCCCAACUUGGUACACCAGUCACAUUACGAGUGGAUGAGAAAGGACAAAUACUGUACUGGAAAGAUCAAAAUAAAGAGAUGGACUACCUGGAUAUAACAAAAAUCAAAGACACGAGGACUGGUAGCCAGGUGAAAACACCCAAGGACCACAAGCUGAGAGAAUCUCUAGGCAUUGGUCAGAUGGAUAUUCCUCUAGAAGACAAGAUGAUCACCAUUGUGUAUGGAUCUGACAUGGUCAACUUGGAGAUAGUAAAUUUUGUUUGUGCCAAUAAAGAAACAGCUCAGGAGUGGGCAGAGGAGCUGCUGAAAUACUCGACCAACUUGUUGGCAUUAAACAGCAGUGCUCUCACCUACCUGGACAAGCAGUACACACGCUUUAGUUUAGUGCUCAAUAAUGAGGGAAAAGUCUCCAUGAAAAACAUUGUGAAAAGUGUGGCCAGCAACAGGGAGGACAGGAAGAAGGUGGAGAAGGCUUUGGAGGGUGUUGGCUUUCAUGCGGGGAAGGCUGAUGCCAUUAACCCUCAAAAAUUUACUUUUGAUAAUUUCUUCAAUUUUUAUCGGCACCUGGUUGGUAGAACUGAGGUUGACAAAAUAUUUGAUGAAUUAGGUGCCAAGAAAAAACCUUACUUGACCAGCCAGCAGUUCCGUGACUUCCUGAACAAGUACCAGCGCGACCCCCGGCUGAAUGAGAUCCUGUACCCCAACUACACGCUGGCCCAGGCUGACCAGCUGAUCAACAAGUAUGAGAACAAGUCUGGGAUGGCACAGAAAGGGCACUUGUCUCAGGAAGGCUUUCUCAAGUUCCUCAUGAGUGAAGACAACAACCUGAUCCCCCCAGACAAGCUGGACAUCAGUGAGGACAUGGACCAACCCCUGGCACAUUAUUUUAUAAACUCCUCCCACAACACCUAUUUGACAGGCCACCAGUUUACUGGCAAGUCCUCAGUGGAAAUGUACCACCAAGUUUUGCUCAGUGGCUGCCGAUGUGUGGAGCUGGAUUGUUGGGAUGGUAAAGACUCGGACAUGGAGCCCAUCAUAACCCACGGCUACACCAUGUGCACUGAAGUUCUGUUCAAGGAUGUUAUAGAAGCCAUAGCACAGAGUGCUUUCAAAACCUCAGAGUAUCCUGUUAUUCUCUCUUUUGAGAAUCACUGCAGUCCAAAACAACAAGCAAAGAUGGCCAAUUACUGCAGGACAAUAUUUGGGGACAUGUUGCUUAUAAAUGCUCUGGACAGUAAUCCACUGAAACAAGACAUCCCAUUGCCCAGCCCUACUCAGUUAAAAAGAAAAAUCAUCAUCAAAAACAAGAAGAAACAUUUCCACCGAGAAAAGACCUCUCGCAAGAACAGAGCCCAAAACAUGUCCAAAAGAGUCAGACAGAAGCCUAGUGUGUCCUUAGCCGCACCUGAUGGCCUGGCCAAAGUGAAGUUGACAGAAGUAGAUGAAGAUGCAGAGAUGGCCACUCCAGUGCCAGACACACCAGUGCCAGAGCCAGCAGCAGAAGAGGAAGUCAUCAGCCCACCCGUUACUGUUGCAUUACCAGAACCUAAGUCUCCAAAUAGGAUCGCUUUGGAAAAAAAUCUUUCUAUAUCAAGUGAAGGCACUACAGAAACAACAGAAGUGACCCAAGUCAAAGAAGGUGACGAUGCUUUUGAAAGUGAAUCAGAGUCCAGUGACAGUGAUGAUGAUGAUGAGGUGAUGACAGAACAGGAGAAAGAAAAAAUCAACAAGAAGCAGAAGAAAAUUCUUACUGAGGAGGAAAAAAAGAGGCGGCAGAGGAUGAAGAAAGAAAAGGGUACUGCCGGUAAAGAAGCUUCAGCAGCUAUGGAGAUGUCACUCUUGGUCAAUUAUAUCCAACCAGUUCAUUUCCAUUCAUUCGAUGCUUCAGAAAAGAGGAGAAGAAGCUAUGAGAUAACAUCAUUUGUGGAGACCCAAGGCACAUCCUUGUUAAAAGAAUUUCCUGUGGAGUUUGUCAACUACAACAAGCGUCAGAUGAGCAGAAUCUACCCACGUGGUACCAGGGUUGAUUCCAGCAACUUUAUGCCCCAAGUCUUUUGGAAUGCUGGAUGCCAGUUAGUGGCCCUCAACUUUCAGACUCUGGAUUUGGCCAUGCAAGUAAAUUUGGGCAUAUUUGAAUAUAAUGGACGCACUGGCUAUAUCUUGAAGCCUGAUUUCAUGAGACGACCUGACCGCCAUUUUGACCCUUUUGCUGAGUCAACUGUUGAUGGCAUCAUUGCUGGAUAUGUUUCAGUCAGGAUUAUCUCUGGCCAGUUCCUGUCAGACAAGAAAGUUGGUACAUAUGUUGAGGUGGAGAUGUAUGGACUGCCAACAGACACUGUACGCAAGAAAUUUCGCACCAAAACUAUACAAAACAAUGGACUGAAUCCUGUUUAUGAUGAAGAGCCAUUUGUCUUUAAGAAGAUUGUACUACCAAACUUGGCAACAGUUCGAAUAGCUGUUUAUGAAGAGCAGGGCAAGUCAAUAAUUGGUCAUCGAGUGCUACCAGUUGAGGGUCUUAGACCAGGUUUCAGGCACAUUCCCCUACGAAAUGAAUGCAAUCAGCCAUUAACUAUGCCAACACUUUUUGUACACAUUAUAGUCAAAGACUAUGUGCCAGAUAAUUUUGCAGAUUUUGCUGAUGCUCUGUUUAAUCCCAUUGCAUACCAGUCAAAUCUAGAGAAACACGCCAUGCAAUUAGAAGUUCUUACUGAAGAUUUUUUGAAUGAUGAGAAAGAGUCAGAUGCUUUAGAUUGUGAGGAAAUGAAACCAACAAGUCCGACAGAUGUAGAUCCUAUCAACAGCAGUAUGACAACCAGCUUGGGCGGCUCAUCAACACCUGAGCCAGCCGGGCCUAAAAGACAGAGCUCUGUGACCAGCCGUGGGACAAGCGUCAGUGUCAGCCCCCUGCCAAGUGAGAACAACAUGUCCAAAUCCUUGAGAACUAAUUCUGUGCCUCACAUUCCAGUCUCCAAGCAAGAGAGCUCCCAGUCAGCCAACUCCCAAGGCAGCAGUGGUUCAUCUCGCCCACAACAAAAAGAAGAAUUCAAGCCUAAAGGGAUGUUGGGCCAAGAAAAUGGGUUGGCAGCUUCCUACAAUAUUCAGUUCACCAAAUUGUCUGACAUGACUAUAUUAAACCCAACACCACUGUCCGAACUCAAGACACUAAAGGCAUUUAUUAAAGCUGUGGCCAAACGUGACAGAGAAUUGGAAGCGAUUUACCGUAAACAUGAGAAGGCUAGGGAGAUGAUGGAAGAGAACCAUCAGCUCAUGCUGGGUAAACUCAUCUCUGGGCAGACCAAGUCUAGAAUCUCCAUGGAAAAAUAUCAUUCCAAGGUUUUAAAGAAGAUGGCCAAGGAAGGCAAAAAUGUGGAGCAACGACAAAAUCAACUGAAAAGAGAGCUGCAAGAAUUGUUGACCAUUCAAGAUCUUAAACAUCGAGAAAUGAAAGCAUCUCAUAACGAGAGCAUAAUGAAAUUGUGUAAAGAUCAUUACCAGCUGGUGUUAGAUCUCCAGACCAAACACCAUGAGCACAUCUAUGACGCCCUGCACAAGCUGAUGGAGACCAACCAUGCAGGCCACACCAAGGCCCUGGAUGAGAUACAUGACAGGGAAGUCAAUGAUCUCAAGAAGAAAAUGGAUGCACAGAGCAGAGACCAUAUGAAAGUCCUGGGCAAGAAACAUAAAGACAAACAGGAACUCUCAAGAAUCAAAAGAGAAGCUCAGCAGAAACAUGUACAGACAGCAGUGGCAGAAAGACAAAAGUUAAAAGAUAUCCUUGAAAAACGUCAAAAUGAACUUGAAGCCAAACUAGCGGCCAUCAAGAAAGAGUAUAAGAAGGAGAGAGAUGAGGUACUUGAGUCUUACAAAAAGGAAUAUGAAGAGAACAUAAAAAAAUUAGAGGAAGAGCUAGGGGAAGAUGAAUUAGUUGAAGAUGAUGAUGGCCAAAUGACCAACCCCCACUCUGGCUCCAAUGGUGAUGGACAUAAUUCAGUGAAAACUCCCAGUAAAGAAAAUGGUAGCACAAUGCAUGAGUCAGCAGAAGUGGGUGGAGCAGCAGAUGAAGUGCUGGAGAAAGUGAACAGUGAGGAGCAACUCACCAACAUUUCCUGAAUGGCUGUUUCAUCAUAUUUCACAGUUCCUGAAUGGCUGUUUCAUCAUAUUUCCCAGUUCCUGAAUGGCUUUUAUCAUAUUUCCCAGUUCCUGAAUGGCUGUUUCAUCAUAUUUCCCAGUUCCUGAAUGGCUGUUUCAUCAUAUUUCCCAGUUCCUGAAUGGCUGUUUCAUCAUAUUUCCCAGUUCCUGAAUGGCUGUUUCAUCAUAUUUCCCAGUUCCUGAAUAGCUGUUUCAUCUUAUCUUCACAGUUCCUGAAUGGUUGUUUAUCAACAUGUCUUCACCUAAAGUUGUGUGUUGGUUGUGACCUAGAGAUGUAUACAAUGUGUUCACAAAAACCAAUUCACGUUAGAAGACAAUAUGGUUUAUGUCAACUUGAGGAUAUUUAUUGUAAUAUAACUUUUAAUCAACACAUUUUUAUAGCUUUCAUUGUAUAAACAAUUUGAAAAGGGCAUUUUAAGAUUUUAAAACAUUGCUUAAAGUAACUGUAUUUUACUUUCUUUAUGUAUUAAGUUUUUAAGUUUGUUAACAAACAUUUUAAAUGUCUUUUUAUUUUUCUUACAAAUACUUUCUUUUGUAUAAUAAAAAAAAAAUUUUCCCUUACAAAUUACAAACAUGGAGCUAGAGAAGAUUGUUUUAUAUAUCUCCAUUGAAUUGUUUAAAAUUACAUAGACGUGAAAUUUUCUAUGACUAUGCAAAACACAAUAAUUUGUAAUCUCUAGCAGCAGUAGAUUUUCCCACUGGUUGUUUUUUGUAAUCUCAAGUAUCCAGUCUAAAAUAUUCCAUGAGCUAGACCCCUAAGUAUUUGGUGAGCUAGGAUUUUACAUGAUCCCAAAAUAUUUGGUGAGGAUUUCUACAAGAUCGCAAGAUAUUUGGUGAGCUAAGAUUUUUUACGACAUCCCAAAAUAUUUGGUGGGCAGGAAUUUUUAACAUGAUCCCAAAAUAUUUGGUGGGCUAGGAUUUCUUUAAAGCGGGUGUGAAGAAACAUUGCUCUUUAAUGUUUGUGCCGGUUACUUGAUUGCUUUGACCCUUCAUCUGUCUCCAGUGGUUAUUGCCCAGCAAGGGCUCAUUCAAUGUUUCAGUCAGAGCUCAUGUAUUUCUGGUGAAUUUUGUAUUAUUUAUUCCUUAUUAAUUUAUACAGUUGGAUUGUUGUGCAAGAAAUUCUGCUAGAUGGCAUUGUACUGAGAAGUUCAGGGGAUGGAAGGUUCCUAUUACACUGAGCAAAUAAGAUACUACUUGGUCUGGGAAAAUGCAAUACUGUCAGUUAAUGUUUUGAUUUUAAUUUGUUAUCUCUCUUCCAUCAUUCCAUUUGAUUUUUUUUUGUGAAUUAGCGUGUCCUGACCUGUAAUAACAAAGAGAUUGUGAUGACUUUAUCUUUUAUAUAACUGUAUUUUUGGAGAAUAUUGCUUCAUGAAACAUUGUUACCAUUGCUUUGUUGAAGAUAGUUUUAUUUUCUAAGCAGAUGUGUUACAUUUAUUAUGUUGUUCUCCUCUCCACAUAGCUCCCAGGUGCCGCAUACAGGAGCCCUACCAGUAGGAUAAACAAACCCAUUUUUACUAUCAAUGCUUCAUCAAGACAAUAUGUUUUAUAACAACUACUCUACUCAUUAUACAUUUAAUUCAUCUUUAAUAACCAUGUUUAGUCUUCAUGACACCUUGAUAAUUUCCUCCAUGUAAAUAUAACAUGCACAUAUUUAUACAAUUAUGAAAUAGUUUUGUAUGAUGGUAUCAAUCCUUGUUUACAUUGUGUUGUGAUAUUUUGUGGACUGUUGAUCCCAGGUUUUAUGCUUGUACAAUCUUUAUACAUUAACAACAGACAUUAUGCUAACAUCAACAGACAUUUAUACAUUUUCAAUUUCUCACAGUCAUGACCUUUAAAUUCAGCAAAAUUUUGUAUUAUCAUUUUAUCACUAACAAAAAAGUGUGUAUUGCGACUUACAAAUUAAUUGUUUUAAUGUAAAACAGAUGACUAAAUACUUUUGAUGGACAUUAAGAUCCAUAUUUUGAGUACAAAUUUUACCAUUAUCUUGAGUCUAUAUGUGGAAAUAGCUUUAUACUUAUUUCAAAAUCUUGGAGGCAAAAACUGUGAGUCUGCCUUAACAUUGCCAUGUGAGACUUGAGAAAACAAUUCUUUUCAUUAAUUAUGCACUCGUUAUUUUUGUGUUCUUCUCUUGGUUACUUAUGCACUGUUAGAUUUUAUGUUAAAAGAACACAAAUGUCCCUAUCACAUCUUGUACAUAGUGGAGUGUUGUAAAUAAAGGUAAUGGUGUAAAUAGUCAAAAGAAAUGAAGCACACAAUGUUUCUUGCAGUUCUCAAACUGAUCACUUUGUCCACCACACUGGGAACAAAACAGACAUUUUAUUCAUCUUUAUGCAGUUUACUUUUUUACACUUUUUCUAUCUGUUCAUCUUUAAUAUUGUUUGGAGUUUUAAAAAACAUCACCCAUUGACUGAAUUUUUAAAAUCAGAUAAAUUCUAGAUGAAGACUACGGUGUAGACAGUAUUAUAUAUAGUAGGCUUCUCUUUAAGUUUGGGAAUAACACACAAACCAAAGAUGUUCUAAGUCGAGUUUUAGAAAACAAUGAUACUUUUAUUGCUGGAGAAAUCUCUUAGAAAUAUUUAGUGUUCAAAUAUGGAUAAACAUUCUAACACUGUUGAGGUAUAGAAGUGACAACAAUCAGUUUAAAGUGAUACGUUCAGCCACUUGGAAAUGGUUAAAUUUAUUCCACUAACCCGUUUAUUCUUUUCCUGUCAACUGUGCACAUGAUUUUGAUAACUCCAUACCCUUUUGUUGUGUGGAUUCCUUUUAAAUGUUUCCCCAAACCUCUGCUACCCACAAAGCUGUCUUGUUUGAAUGGAUAUUUUUUCAUGUGUAUAUUGAAUGGUAGGGGAGCAGCAAAUAUUAAUGGUGAUAGCAAUAUCAUGCCAAACUUAACUUUCUUACCUAUAACAAUGUACAGUUUUUUCAGCUUUGCCUUUCUUUCAGUGUGAUAAAUGUUUGCUCAAAUCUUUUUCUCAUGCCAUGCAAGCCCCUAUCAGAGGAGUGCUCACACAGGCUUGUCUUCUGGAGGUGUUGACUGUUGGGUUAUAUCACCACCAGCUGUCCACUACAUACAUUAUAUCACACACAUGCUUCAUACAGGUUCACAUCCUGGCAUUUUAUCUAGUGCUCAUCUUUACACACAUAAUAAUACUUAGCACUGUUACCUAAUCAAGAUGCCAAUAACAUAUUUUAAUAUGGUAACAUCUUCCUCAUGAAUUUCUUAACAUUGUUCUUGUAACGUUUGAUGCUCACUAAAAUACUGGUGCUACGCCAGUAAGUUCCUGUGUAUUCUAAUGCUUUCACUUCUUGUAUCUUUCACUAAUAUUUUUUGUUCUAAAAAAAAAUAAACAAAAUUUCUCCACAUUACAUUGAUAGCAUAAUAUUUCAUGUCAUUGACUUAAUCAUACAGAAAUAAAGUAUAUUUUCUAACAUAAAUUCACCCAGUAAUUGAACAAAUUGAAGGUUAUUUUCCUACAGCAAAUUGUUUACUAUUCAAUGUCUUUCACACAGUAGAGUUGUUUUGUAUGUCCAGAUUUUUCUCUUAGUUGAUCAGCUUGGUAAUUUACCAUCUAGCUUUUGUGGUGACUAAACUAAACAUCCACUAGGCUUUGAUAAGCUUGGUAUAUUACUGUAUAGCUUUUAAGUUGGCAAAAAUCAACUGCGAAGGUGAGUCUGGUGGAAUGAAAGUAUAUGUCAAACUUUAAGUAAUAUGAGCAGUUAAUUCCCUGAUUGAUUACAGUACCAUAAUUAUCAGUUAAGCUUGUCUCAUUAGUUUCAUGCAAACCUUACAUUUACAUGGGAUUAAGUAGUCCCACAAUACAAGUGUUAAAUAUUUAUUUAUUAGACUUCCUCAAACUUUUACUGUUACAAAUAAGUUUAUUAUUGUAUUGUUCUGGGUUAUUUAUGACCAGAAACAGACAAUUCACGUUGGAAUUUCAUGAAAGAACAGCUGUCAGGGUAGGAUAAAAAAAAAAAUUUAAUUGUGGUGAAAUUGAAGCCAAAUUUUGAUCUGACUCUUGAUUGUGUGACAAGGAGUUGUGUGCAUCUGAGACCUGUUGUUUUAUCAAAGCUCAGUUAUUGUAAUUCAGUGUCAUUUUAUUAUGUAUUUUUCCUUUGUAAACUUGGAGAUACAUAAACUUUGAAAAAGAACCAUUAAACUAACAUUAUAAAUGAAUCUAACAGUAUUUUUCCUACAUGAAAAGCAGUUGCUGUUUUUCAUGAAACUAGCAACAAUCGCUAUACUUACACUUGUAUGCGAUUGGAAACAUUUGUCUGGUCCUAACUAAAAGAAAUUAACAUGGUUAGUUUGGCGGUGAAUGAAGAAUAUUUAUUUCACUUGACUAGAAUUUUAAAAAUGUGCAUUUCUCUGACAUCAUUUUAAUCACAACAAUUUCAAUACCUUUUAUAGAAGACUGUUACUGUUAGCCACUGUUUAGAAAAAUUUCUGUUCUGUGUGUAGAACUUUAAUUUUCUCUAAGAUUUGUACCAUUCAGAAUAAAUGUUUACUUUUGC